GACAAACCCAGCUUCCAUGAAAACUGCGCGUUUCCCUUCCGCGAUCGCGAAUGUGUCACAUAACCAACGUCGCCGAUCUCGGCCGAUAAUGUUUAUAAAUAUUGGGAUUUGACAUAUGUUACGCGUGUGCCUGCGGCAACUCGGAGCUUCGCGUGGACCCUCCUGCUUCCCCGAUGACGCGCGCGCGAGGCAUUUCGGGGCUAUGCCGAUAUUAAUGUGAUAGAUCGUCGCCAAAGAAAAUCCGUGGAAAAGAAAAAAUGACAACUGGCCAGAGUGGGCACGAUCAUUCUCUCGCUAUCAGGCAGGAAAUACAACGCUUCGAGAGCGUACACCCGUCGAUUUACGCCAUUUACGACCUGAUAGAGCUCGUGCCCGACGCGCACGUCGCUAAGCAAAUUCGCGAGCAUGUCGUGGCGAUAGAGGAUUCCUUCGUCAACAGCCACGAAUGGACACUGGCGAGAGAUGUCCCUGAACUGCAUCUGGGGAUCAUCGGCUCCUCGGACUCGGGAAAGUCGGCUCUCGUUCACAGGUAUCUUACUGGGUCCUUCAUGCACGAGGAAUCGCCGGAGGGUGGCCGCUUCAAAAAGGAGAUCUUCAUAAAUGAUCAGAGUUACCUUCUCCUGAUCAGGGACGAGGGUGGUGUGCCAGAGGCUCAAUUCUCAGCUUGGAUAGAUGCUUUAUUACUUGUAUUCAGCUUAGAAAAUGAAGAAAGUUUCUCUAUAGUUUGCAGUUUGUACAAUAGAAUGUGUUCUUUCCGGAAUAUGUCAGAAGUACCAAAAAUACUCGUAGGCGUGCAAGAUUCGAUUAACGACAGCAAUCCACGUGUCAUAAAAGAUAUCAGACCACGGAAACUGGCUUGUGAUUUAAGAUGUCCUUAUUACGAAACAUGUGCUAUCUAUGGUCUAAAUGUUGAGAGAGUAUUUCAAGAUGUGUGUCAGAAAAUCAUACAGAACGUAUCGACGAAGAACUUUUCGUGCGACGUGUGCCAACAUGCUACGGAGAAUGACGUUAAAUUUGCAGUCCCUACUGUUACUAAAACCGUGCAACUUCAUAACAAAGACACAGAGACUACGAAUUCGUUGAAAGUAAAUGUUUCAGAAAAAGACGAGGACUGUCGAUCCAUACAUAAUAGUUCUAUGACGAACGACUCGUCAUUGCUGAACGAUAAUUUUCAUAACGUGCAGAAUCAACAUGGAGAACUGCGUUCGUCAAUCCUAACGCCAACCACUAUCAGGAAAUUUAGAAGAAAAUCGAAUAUAUUUACACCUUCUAAAAAGGAGAAAUAUAUGGGCGAGAUGGGUGUUGGUAGAGAAAUACCAGUGAAACAAGGUUAUUUAUUUAAACGGAGCAGCAAGUCGUUGAAGGAAUGGAAGAAGAAAUACGUCACAUUGUUAGAGGAUGGCCGUUUGACUUAUCAUUCGAGCCUGCACGAUUACAUGAACGAUACUAAUGGCAAAGAAAUACUUUUGCAAUACGUUACUGUGAAGGUACCUGGCAAAACGCCAAAGGGUUCCAAAUCAUACAAUGCCCAAGAAGACAGUUUUGAAUUUUCCAUCAUCUCCUUGGAGAACAAAACCUGGCAUUUCGAGGCGAAUAAUGCCGAGGAGAGGGACAGCUGGAUUACCGCGAUAGAGCAGCAAAUAUUGUCGAGCUUGCAGAACAGCGACGGCGACAAGAAAAACGAGACUGACGCUUUCAAGAUGCACUGCAUAAAGAACAAAGUUUCGGGGAACGACGCAUGCGUUGACUGUGGUACACCGAAUCCUGAUUGGGCCAGCCUUAAUCUGGGCGUUUUGGUGUGCAUCGAAUGCUCCGGUAUUCACAGAAACUUAGGUUCGCAUAUAUCUAAGGUACGGUCCUUGGAUUUGGACGACUGGUCCGCAGGUCACCUAAGCGUCAUGCUGGCUCUCGGCAACGAUAUAGCCAACAGUAUCUGGGAGUAUUGUUUAAACGGAAAGCAAAAGCCCGUCUCGGAUUCGUCUAGGGAAGAGAAGGAGCAGUGGAUCAGAUGGAAGUACGAGGACAAGCUCUUCCUGCCGCCGAUCAACCCGAACAUUUCCUUGGGAAAACUGCUCAUCGACUCGGUUUGCCGGGGAGACAUGAGAGCAUUUACAUUAUGCUUGGCCCGCUGUAAUUACGAGGACAUCAACAUUUCGGUCAGCACGGAAGAUCUGCGAACGCCGUUACAUCUGGCCUGCGCAACUGGGAACUUGGCGAUGGCGCAACUUUUAAUAUGGCAUAAAGCGAAUCCGCAGAAUCUGGAUCACGAGGGACGGACGUGCAUGUCGUACGUGCGAGCUCUGGAGAGAACGCUCGACAAUUCGUCCGAUUCCAUGGAAAUGCAGAAGCUGCUCGAAGUGCUGGAACAAGCCAGUGUCUCCGGGAUGGACGACGUGGACGCAUCUCAGUAUUAAAGUUCAAAAAAAAAAAAAAAGAAGAUAUGCCUUAAUCACCCUACCUGCAUUUUCUGUAAUAACGCGUUGUUGAUACUUGUACUUACUAUGAAAAACCAAUGCUUCAUUUAGUGACUCACAGAAGAAAGUAAAGCUUUUAAACGAUAUUUAUCUCAGACAGCCGCCAAAGCACACAUUGAAGGAAAAUUGAUUGGAUUAUAAUAAUAUUCGAUUGAAUAACGUAACUUAAUUAAUUUUAUAUGUAAAAAGUUUUUGUCGUGUGACGAACUCAUUUUAAAUAUUGACUUCUAAAAUUCACCUCGAAUUGAGGAAUUUUAAAUACAAUAUACUUUUGUACAUUGAGAAUCAAUCCUUUAAAGGAAAUAUAUAUAUAUAUAUACUUCGCAAUACGGUAAUUUAAUGAGAUUUGUGUCAAUCACGGAGAAAUGACUAAUAGCAUGCUCGAGUGUAUAUUGUCAAUGACUGAGAGUACAAACACUCAUAAAUGUAGUUAUAUUUAUACAUCCAAUACAUGUAACUGUAUUUGAAGAUUUAUGAGAUUGCUUUUAUAACUUUUAUUUUAUUAAUUAUUCAUUAAAACACAAUUACAUCACG